UUCUCUAUGACCUCGAUAUAAGAUGGCUGGUGUACGAGCGGUGGGCAUUCUCUCUAGAUUUACAACAAGCAGAUACUGCCUUUUUACAGGUCAAACAUGCCGUAACUUCACAGUAUCAUCUGCCAUGCUGGAGCGAACCCACGUCAACUAUGAAGUCAAGGACAAUGUGGCAGUUGUUCGGAUCAAUGACCCCAACUCAAAGGUCAACACUUUGUCUGUCCAGAUGCAGAGUGAAAUGACCGAGGUGAUGAAUGAGAUCUGGGCCAAUGACUCGGUCAAGAGCGCAGUCCUCAUUUCCACCAAACCAGGCUGCUUCAUUGCGGGAGCCGACAUCAAUAUGAUCCAGGCCUGUAAGAGUGCAGAGGAAGUGACCUCGCUGUCUCAGGAAGGGCAGAAGAUGUUUGAGAAGAUCGAGAAGUCGCCCAUCCCCGUCGUAGCCGCCAUCAAUGGAUCCUGCCUAGGAGGGGGGCUGGAGUUUGCCAUCGCCUGCCAGUACCGAGUGGCAACGAAGAACAAGAAGACAGUCCUGGGCACCCCAGAGGUCAUGCUGGGCCUACUGCCUGGAGCGGGCGGCACCCAGCGGCUGCCCAAGAUGGUUGGUCUUCCCAGUGCCUUUGACAUGAUGUUGACCGGCAGGAACAUCAGGGCAGAUAAAGCCAAGAAGAUGGGCCUGGUCCAUCAGCUCGUCGACCCCCUCGGGCCUGGGUUGAAGAGUCCAGAGGAAAGAACGAUCGAGUACCUGGAAGAAGUCGCCGUGAGCCUUGCUAAAGACAUCGCCAACAAGAAAAUCCCACUCACAAAAGAGAAGGGUCUGAUGCAGAAGGUGCAAGACUUCGUCAUGGGCAUCCCUUUGGUACGGCAGCAGAUCUACAAGACCGUCAAGGGCAAAGUGAUGAAGCAGUCGAAGGGGCUGUACCCUGCUCCCCUCAAGAUCAUAGAGUGUGUGCAGGCCGGGGUGGAGCAGGGGGCAGACGCUGGCUACUUGGCAGAAUCGCAAAAUUUCGGGAAGCUUGCCAUGACCUCAGAGUCCAAAGCUCUGAUUGGUCUGUAUCACGGGCAGGUGGUUUGCAAGAAGAACCGCUUUGGAACCCCUGAGAAGGAGGUGAAGAAUCUGGCAAUCUUGGGGGCAGGUCUUAUGGGAGCUGGUAUUGCCCAGGUGAGCGUGGAUAAGGGCGUCAACACCAUCCUGAAGGACACCACAGUGGAGGGCCUAAGCAGAGGGCAGCAGCAGGUCUUCAAAGGGCUGAAUGACAAAACCAAGAAGAGGAGCAUUACAUCGUUUGAGAGGGACAGCAUUCUGUCCAACUUGACAGGGCAGCUGGAUUACAGUGGCUUUAACAAGGCUGACAUGGUGAUCGAGGCGGUCUUUGAGGAUCUCGUCAUCAAACACAAAGUUCUGAAGGAAGUGGAAGCUGUCAUUCCCCCUCAUUGCAUAUUCGCCACAAACACAUCGGCUCUUCCCAUCAAGGACAUCGCAGCAGCCAGCAAGCGACCAGAGAAGGUCAUCGGAAUGCACUACUUCUCGCCCGUGGAUAAGAUGCAGCUGCUGGAGAUUAUCACCACGGAUAAGACCUCCAAAGACACCACGGCUUCCGCCGUCGCCGUCGGCCUGAAGCAGGGCAAAGUCAUCAUCGUGGUCGGGGAUGGACCUGGAUUCUACACCACCAGGUGUCUGGCUCCUAUGUUGGCCGAAGCGGUCAGAGCACUGCAGGAGGGUGUGGGCCCCAAGAAACUGGACAGCCUCACCACCGGCUUCGGGUUCCCCGUGGGCGCCGCCACCCUGGCCGACGAGGUGGGCAUCGACGUGGCGGCCCACGUAGCCGAGGACCUGGGCAAGGCCUUCGGCUCGCGGUUCGGAGGCGGGAACGUGGAGGUGCUGAAGACCAUGGUGGAGAAAGGGUUCAAGGGCCGCAAAUCAGGAAAGGGCUGCUACGUCUAUGAGGCAGGAAGUAAAGAAAAGAACGUCAAUCCAGGCGCAGAGGAGAUUCUUGAGAAAUUCAAAAUGACAGCACCCCCUGCAGUGUCCUCAGACUCGGACGUGCAGUACCGGCUGGUGUCCAGGUUCGUGAACGAGGCGGUGAUGUGCCUGCAGGAGGGGAUCCUGAAUAACCCCAUUGAGGGCGACAUCGGGGCUGUGUUUGGCCUGGGCUUCCCCCCCUGCCUCGGAGGUCCCUUCCGAUUUGUGGACACCUUUGGAGCGGAUAAGCUGGUGGAGAAGAUGAGGAGGUUUGAGGACGUGUACGGGAACCACUUCACGCCGUGCCAGUUGCUCCUCGAUCACGCCAAGGACGCUAACAAGAAAUUCCACAAGUAACCUCCUGCGAGAGUGUGGUCUCACCUCUUCCCGCUAGAACCGAAGUCAGCCAGUAGUGCAGAAAACUACCGCUGGGCCUUUAAGAAGCUCUGGAGGGUAACCUUGCUUUGGGCAUGUAAAUUUUGUUUAUGUACUAAAUACUGUCUAGAGCUUCACACAGGUGGUCUGACUCCUAAGAUGCCUUAGAAUCUAAACGACUCAAACAAUGUUCAUGUGGAAAUCAGCUUUUUGCACUUUUUUGUAUUUGUAUUUUUUUUUUAACAAGGAACAGGUGAAGUGUACUGGUUAAGAAUCAUAGGCUAUUCCAGUGCUGAUCAAAUGCAAAAACUAAAAUAAAAUGCAUUUACUUGGUUUCUGUAUUGGAUAUCGGCACUUGUAAUGAUAGAAUUGAUAUCCAAACACGAAACGAGUGCAAAACAGCAAAAACAGUUUAUUGUACACUUCCUCAUGCAUAUGAAAUAAACAAGGAUUCAUUUUCAAUGUCA